AUGCUGAAUGUCAGAGACACAAUCAUUGCAGGAAAGAGAAGAUGCCUAUACCUGGCAGCUGCUCUAGCCAUUGUUGAAGAGCAGCAGAAAAGGCUGGAAGAGGCCGAAGAGCAAGAAAGACAACCCCACCCCGAAGAGAGACACAAAGGAAAGUGGUUGAAGAAAGUACCAUCUGCAAGUUCAUACCCGAGGUGUGUAAAAGCCAUCAUCACGGUCUACAAGGACGAAGUGCUGCACUGCCCCAAAACUGAAGAGGAGUGGAAGGAAGUUGCUGCCACGUUCAGCACCAGAUGGAACUACCAUAACUGUCUGGGGGCUGUGGACGGCAAGCACAUGGCCAUGAAGAAACCACCCAAUGCUGGCUCUUACUACUACAACUACAAGGGCUUCCACAGCAUUGUACUGAUGGCAGUGGCAGAUGCUACCUACAAAUUCCUCUAUGUGAAUGUUGGGGCAGAGGGUGGUGCGUCGGAUGGAGGAACAUGGAGUAACUGUUCCCUGCACGAUGCUGUAGAAGAGAACAGAGCUGGAGUGCCUCAAUCAGAACCACUCCCUAAUGAUGACCAGCCAGUGCCCUAUCACUUCGUAGGGGAUGACGCAUUUGCUCUCCGAACCUGGAUGAUGAAACCAUUCUCUGGAAUGGCGAGCAGUGUCCAAGAAGCCCUGCACCAACUCGAGCCACUGUCGCACACAAUCGAAUGUGGCGAUGAUGCAUACCUACGACCCGGAGAUAACAUUACAUUGAUAUCUCCCGGAUAUCCUGUUCAGCAAUAUCCAAGACAAUACGAUUGCCUCUCAAUAAUAGAGACCACCUUAGGUUCAACGAUCCGGGUACACUUUAACUUUUUUAAAACUGAGUUUAUAUUUGAUUACGUGACGCUCGAUCCGUCGUCUGAAUGGGAUAUUGAAGAUGAUGACAAUGAUGAUAAAUUUGACUAUAGUGGUUUUCAUUCGGGAUCUGGAUCUGGUUCUGGUGAUGGCGAGGAAGAGUACUCUGGAAUUGAAAACUUCCACUAUUCUGGUCUUGCAUUCUUGGGAGAAGUGUUGUAUUUUCAAACUGACUCUUUAGCUAUUAGAUUUCACAGUGACAUGAUUACACAAGAUGAAGGUUUUGAAUUUAAAAUAUCUGCUUUAGGAAACACAGAUUCGUCACCACAAGACACAAUAGCAUGUGGAGAAGAUGCCACCCUUGCUGUGGGAGAUGAAGUGUUUAUAACAUCUCCUAACUACCCUGGCUUUCACCCAAGCAUGACUGACUGCAAAACCAGAAUCUCAUCCGAAACUGGGGCUAAGCUAUUCAUUGAAAGCAUAGAGGUCAAUUUAGAAUGUUGUUGCGACACGUUGACUGUCAAUCAGCAUACGCAAUUGAACUGCGGUGACACGUGGAGAUUGGAGAUCCCCGAUGGGAACGUUCUUACCCUCACAUUUAGAAGUGAUUCCUUAAUUUCCGGUAGAGGAUUCAAAUUGCGUGUCACUUCAGCAUUGAAUUUGUCUGCUGAUAUGACGUGUGGUGAAAGUCGUUCCUUGGCAACUGGAGAGAGUGCUACCAUUGUAUCUCCCAAUUAUCCUGGAAACUACCCUGCAGACACCGACUGUAAUUCAAUCAUUACAACAGAAGAGGGCGCUAGUAUAUAUUUUCAAGUCAUAAGACUUAACAUGGAAACAUGUUGUGACCACUUAUAUGUCAAUGGUGAUAUAGUCACUGAACCCAGUAUUGAGGAGAUGAUGUUGAAUAGACAUAGUUUGACUAUUCAUUUUACAAGUGACUCAAGUUUUCAAUACAGUGGAUUUAAGAUUAGCGUACGGGCUGAGAAGACGCCGACAACUAAUAUAUAUUGUGGCGAUGAUGCAUGGGUGGAACCUGGCAAUUCAAUCAGCAUUGUAUCUCCAAAUUAUCCCGAACCUUAUUUAGCUUUUACCAACUGUACAACGACAAUAUCUGCACCACCUGACACUUUGAUUUCCGCAUCGUUUGUAAAUAAUAGCAUUGAGUGCUGUUGUGACAGAGUGUCUAUAAAUGAUGAGAUUGUACAGUGUGGAGACGUUGAAACGUUAUUCAACAGUCAUCAAUUAGUUGUCAACUUUGGGAGUGAUGGUUCUGUUCAGCUAACUGGAUUCCAGUUACAGGUGAAUGGGUAUGAAGCUGCAUUGAAUUUGUCUACUGAUAUAGCAUGUGGUGAAAGUCGUUCCUUGGCAACUGGAGAGAGUGCUACCAUUGUAUCUCCCAAUUAUCCUGGAGACUACCCUGCAGACACCGACUGUAAUUCAAUCAUUACAACAGAAGAGGGCGCUAGUAUAUAUUUUCAAGUUUUGAGACUUAACAUGGAAACAUGUUGUGACCACUUAUAUGUGAAUGGUGAUGUAGUCCUUGAACCCACUAUUGGGGAGAUGAUGUUGAAUAGACAUAGUUUGACUAUUGAUUUUACAAGUGACUCAAGUUUUCAAUACAGUGGAUUUAAGAUGAGCGUACGGGCUGGUCCAACCAAAGUGACGUCAUUGCAGACAGCACUUGAACAAUUCGGAUUGACAAUAUGUCGUCAUAGCAACAUUAUUGGUUUAAAGUGUAUUGAAGACUGUAUUACCGCUGACAAAAUAUGUGAUGGUCAUCAAGAUUGUAGCUGGACGGAACAUUUUUAUUUUGAUGAUGAAGGAUUUGAUUUUUGUGACGAAACAUCCACUAAUAUUCAUAAGAAACGAUCGAUCGUGGUGGCUGAUGGAAAAGGCGAAGGCGAAGAUAUUCUUUGGAAUGUCGUAUCUUAUCUCAGAAAUCAGUAG